AUGAAUCCAACAAAAAACAGUGGUCGCGGCGGCAAAUUUGACAUUCCUUCUAAUAAUCCUCAUGGAAACAGAGUUGAGAGAAUACAGAAAAACAUUGAUACCAUUGGCAGCCGCAGUGCACACGGCACCACCACAACGCAUCCCGCCAGGCAGCUGCCGAGGACGACACACAGCAGGCGCUGCGCCAGACCGCCUCCCGCGCCUCCACACAGGCCUGCCGAUCUGGCGAGCAACCGAGCCAGCCCCGCAUCCCCUAUCGCCCAGCCACCCACCGGAGAGCUCCACCACCACGGCACGGGGAUGCCGCCGCCGCCGCCGUCACAGGCCGGGCCGCGGCUGGACGACGAGGCGUUGGCCUUCUCGGGGUCAACGCGAGCAGACGAAGCGGCGCGAGAUCAUCGGCCGGACCUAGGGGGGCAUGCGCAGGUGGCGGAGGCUAUGGACGUCCGAAUCGAGCCGAAGCCGACGCAGGGAUCAGAUACUGGGCUGGCGGCCAGAUCGGGCGACGCAGCUCCAAACCGCCAUCCAUGGCGUCCUCUCGUGGUUCCUCACCGACAGGGGGGUUGCUGCCCUGGCCCCCGCCAGCCACCACGGCUGCGCACAGUGGGAAGGCUAGGCCAAGCUGUUCGUGGGCUAGAUCGGGGUGGAUGA